AUGGAAAUAUUCGCUAUAAAGGAAAGAUAUAGUAAAUAAUUGAUUACUUAAAUUCAACCAUCAAGCUAAAAGAGUAUAAAUAAUCUAUUGCAUCAAUUAUUUCAGAACAGAAAAAGAAAUUAACUUAUUCAUUUAAUAAUUUAUGUGGAUAAUUAUAAUUAUCAUAAUUUAAAUUCUAAAAAUCUAUCUAAAGAAUUAUUUGAUAAAGGUAGUUUUAUUAUAUUAAUCUUUAGGCUAUGAAUUAAAGAAGAAAUUUAAUAAAGUCUUGAUUAUUUAUAUGGGAAAUAAAUAUGAUGAGACAAUAUAAGUAUUAGAUUAAUCAAUACAAUAUAAUCCUAAUAACCAUUUAUCUCUAAGAUGAGGUAAAAUAAUAGAUAAUAAAUAGGUGCAUGUUUAUUACCUUAGUAUUAAUUAUAAAAAAUGUAAGAAAUUAAUAAAAAAUAUAAGGUUGCUAUCACUUGGUUGGACAAGGCUUUAGCUAUUGACUCUAAGCAUUUUAAUUGCUUAUUUGAGAAAGAUAGAUUUAAUCAUAAUCAUAUUAUUAGGCUAAUGUUUAAGAAUUUUAAAUUAAUAUGAGGAAGCAAUAAUAAUUUGGUUAGACAAAGCAUUCGCCAUUAAAUCUAAGCAUAUGAAUUCCUUAUUUGAUAAAUGUAGAUUGAAUUACAAUUAUAUUAAUAGGCUAAUGCUUAAGAUUAUUGAAAAAGUGUAAGGAAUCUUUAGAUUAAGCUCUGUCCAUCAAUCCGCAACACACAUUCUCUCUUUAAAUAAAAGGUAUCAUCUAACAUUAAUUUGUAAGGGAACGUUUAUAUGAAAACACUAUCAAGUUAUAUAUAAGAGAUUAAUAAAAUUAUAAAGAAGCUCUUAUUUAUUAUGAGAAAUCAUAAAGAUUAAUCCAAAUGA